UUUAAUAAUUACAAUAUUCCGGAACGUUAGAGGUUAAUCUAAAUCCACUUAAUUCGUGUAUCUAUCAAUUUAUCAAAUCACUGUAAUAACCAAGUAAAGUUGACGGAAUUUUUAGAUAUUACAUUCGAAAAAAUAAUUAUAUAUGGCUUACAAUAAUCAAUAUCAAGACAUUUCGUAAAAUGAUUCGAUAUUUUAUGGGCUAUGUGUAAUGUCUUCUCUCAUUCUCGUUUCACUUUGCGUUAUUCGCAUUGAAAUUGUAGAUCCUGAAGAAGAAGAAACCGCAGGAACGAUGGCUACAAAAAAAAUUAGAGGUCGUAGAGAACCUAAAAAUAUUACAGUUGAAAGUUAUGCUAAUGUUUCAGAAAGUUCUGUUUCAUUACUACCUUCUCAAAAAACAACAAAAACUCAUUCUAUACCACGACCUAAUUCUGAAGAAUCGUCAUCUUCUAAUAAUCCAGCUGUUGCAUCUGAAGGUGUUCAAUUAAAUUCCUCUCCAUCAACUGAACAAAUAACAUUUAUUUCUGGAAAUCCAUUUGUAGAAGUUACUAAAGGAAUUCUUCAUUUAUUUAAAGAAGAUGAACGAACAGAAUUACAUCAUGCAGCUGAUCGCAGUCAUACACUCUGUAUUUUGGCGGUUCCAGCUACAAUGACUUGUCAUGAUCUUCUAACAUUUACUGCUGCUUGUCAUCAAGAUAUCCAGCAUUUUCGAAUUUUACGUGAUAAUAAUCCUAAUCAAUACAUGGCUCUCAUAACAAUGCGUUCAUCUGCAGCCGCCUUACAAUUUUAUGAGACUUUUAAUGGAGCACCCUAUAAUUCUUUGGAGCCCGAUGUUAUUUGCCACAUGUUUUUUGUCUCAAGAGUAGAAGUUGCUGAUAAUGGAAUGUCUUUAGCUGGUCACACAGAACUACCAUCAUGUCCAGUUUGUUUAGAGCGGAUGGAUGAGAGUGUUGAUGGAAUAUUAACAAUUCUAUGUAAUCAUACAUUUCACUCUAGUUGCUUAGUUAAAUGGGGUGACAUUUCUUGUCCUGUCUGUCGUUACGCACAAACUCCAGAGCCUCUCGAAGACAGUCACUGUAUGGAAUGUGUUGCAGACACAAGCAAUGAUGCCUUGUGGAUAUGUUUAAUUUGCGGUCAUAUUGGUUGUUCUCGUUAUCAUCAAGGACAUGCAUUUGAACAUUACAGAGAAACACAUCAUUGUUAUGCAAUGCAAUUAGGUAAUAAUAGAGUUUGGGAUUAUGUGGGAGAUAAUUUUGUACAUCGUCUACUACAAGACAAAGAUGGUAAAAUGGUAGAAGGCCAUGAACCUUCAAAAGGUGAAGGAGCAGCAGUAGAUGAAAAAGUUGAUGCCGUUCAGUUAGAAUUCACUUAUUUGCUUACUUCUCAAUUAGAAACACAACGAGAAUACUUUGAAGAUCGUUUAAAUAGAAUUGAACAAAGAUCAGCUUCAGAAAUAUCUGAACUUAGAGAAAAGUUAAAUUUAAUUUCAGAAGAAAAUUCCAUGAUUAAGGAUAAACUGAUUGUUCUUAAUCGAGAAAAACAAACAUUAGAAAAAAAAUUUCAAAGUGUCAAUAGUAAAUUAUCUCAAGCUCAGAAUGAACUUACUGAAGAAAAAGAAUUGAGACGAGCUCUUGAACAAAAUCAACUUUCUUGGCAAUCAAAGUAUAAACAAUUACAAGACGAGUUUACACAGUAUAAAAAUAAUAAAGAGGGAGAGGUAAAAGAUAUGAAAGAACAAAUAAGAGAUUUAAUGUUCUUCUUAGAGGCACAAAAACAAAUAGAAAAUUCAGCUGAAAAAGAUGAGAUUGCUGCAGGGACAAUCAUCGUACCCGAAACAUCAAAACCUAAAACAGGGCGCUCACGUAAAAAUCGAAAACAUUGAUGAAUAUUUAAUGAUUAAUUUAAAAAAAAAAAAAAUUUUAGCUAAUACGGAUUUUUCUUUUUAUAUGAUUCUUUUAAUUGUACAGUAUUGCUUUCUGCUAGUGAAAUUAAAAUAAAACAAUUUAUAUAACUAA